CCAGUCCGCCGCCCGCCGCCCCACGGCUCUGACGCGCCGACAGCCACAGGCCGCCACCCGCCAAUCACCGCACCGCCAGCUGCAGAUGGGGCGACCGCCGCCCACGGCAGCCGCUGGGGGCCCGGGUUCGACGCCCGCCUGACGCCGGCGCGUCGUCGCACCCGCUGCACAGAUGUCGCCGGCGGAGGCGCUGCUGGCAGCCUCGGUGGCCGCAGUGCUGGUGUCGCUGGCGACGGGGUUGGCUGUUACUGCAGAGGCGCAAACGGAGAGAGCCAACCUGACGGUGACGGCCUCGCCGGAAGUGCUGACAGCCCUGACGACGCCGACACCGACGCCGACUCCUGGCGACAGCGCCGGCCACGGCCCCGGCAACGGCAGCAGCACUGCAGACUCGGAGGACCCCGACUCCGUGGAUUACUACUCUGGCUACGACUACCCCGACCUAGCCAACUACUCGCAGGACGACCUAUCGAGCGUGGAGCCGGGCGUGAUCCCAGUGCCGAGCACUCUGGACGACGAUGACGACGACGUCGACAACGAGGUGCCGGGCGUCAGGGGGCAGGCGUCGCGGCCGUCGCUGGCAGCCGGUGGCGGCGCGGGGGCGGCAGCGGCGGGGGCGACGCGCAGGGAGUGGCGUCCCGGUGCGCCGGACCCCGACCUGCACGACCACGACGUCAUCGACAGCGUCAUGUACAUCUACUUCGGCCAGCAGCGCCAGCUGCAGCUGGAGCGCGAGCAGCGCACCAGGACCUCCUGGCGGGUGCUGGUGGCGGGCACGGUGGCCGCCAUGGUGGCGCAGCUGCUGACGCUGCUGGCGGCGGCGCGGAGGCUGCGCGAGCGGCCCAGGGACUGCUCGGCCGCCAUACUGCUCAACACAGAGGCCGCCCUCGCCACUGCCAGCCUCGUCUUCCUGUCCGGCGUACAGGCGACGCGAUCCCGGCAGCUGUGUGAGGCCGUGUCGCUGGUGCUGCACUACGCGCACCUGGCAGCAGCGUGCUGGCUCUUCACCAUCAGUGUGCACGUGCUCCAUCGCCUGCGAAGCCGCUGCCGGCAGCUGCUGUCGCUCGCCUGCCCACUCGCUUGGCUGCUGCCCGCCCUCGUUGUAUUGGGCUGCUACCUGUUCAACCCGCACAGCUACGAGACGCGCCGCUUCUGCUGGAUGUCUGUGGAGCGCGGCAUGAUGUUCUCCUACCUGGUGCCCGUCGCCUCGCUCAUCUUUGCGAACACGGUGGUGACGGUGGCGUGCGUGCGCGAGCUGGCGCGCCGUGAGCUGCUGGAGAAGGCGGCGCCGUGCGCGGACGAGUGCUGGUGCGGUGAGGGCGGCGAGCCGGCCGACUCGGCGCUGUGCCUGGCCGGCGGCGCCGACGAGCCGGAGGGCGGCGGCCCGCAGCUGGGCCAGCGCGUGCUGCGCCGCUGCGCCUGGCUGCUGCCGCUGUUCGCCGUCGCCUGGUUCCUCAGCGUCGUCGCGCUCGAGAACCCGCACGCGCUCACGCUCUCCUUCCUGCACGGACUCACCACCGGCAUACUCAACUGGUACAUGUUCAUGAGUGUGUCGGCGGUGAUGACGCCGUGCGAAGACCCGCCAGCGGCCGUGACUGCCCCCGCCACCGUCAUCUCCGCCCCCGAGGCGCCGGCAGCCGGGCUGCAGCUGAGCCGGGAGUCCCUGGACUGCCAGCCGCUGCUGGGGGCGGAGCUGCCGCCUCCGGGGGCGUGGCCGGCGGGGCCCAGCGCCGGCGCCGCCGCCGCCGCCCACAGGCCAAGCAUCGCGCAGCAGCGGGGCGAGCUGCUCGAGAUGAGUCUCGACUGCAUCAGCACCAUCAGCGCGUAGAGGCAGACGCUGUCCGCCGCCGAAACCGCCGGCCGACCGCUGACGACUGCGCACAUCGCCGUGCCGACGACUCAACUGACCAAGUUCAAAUUCUGACAAACUUUACAGGAGUGAACCAGGCACAACGUUUAUUGUAGAAGUGGCUGUGCUUGACUGGAAGUACGGCGAUGCCCUUUAGGUGUCGUUUACUAACUAGGCGUACUGCUAUCUUUCUUCUUUGGGGUAUAUCAAAAUGAAAUAUGCAGAUUGUAGGCAUUGCUGCAGAUCGAAAAACGAAGCUAUUGUUUCGGUUAUGUAUGCAAGGAGAAAGCUCUCCGGCAAUUUUUUAAAUGAACGUAAGUUCGGUUAUGAGGAACUAAUACACCAAUCUGCGCAGCGUGUGUAUGUGCGAGCUUUCAUGUACAAUAACGAUGGGCGAUGCGCUAUAGUCCAUUUCACAGGGUAUGUGAAACAUCUGCCAAAUAAUGACGCACAUGAAGUAUCCGUGGAACGUAAACCAAUACUGUGCCUCUUCUCGUUCCCGCAGUUGAGUCUGCACUUUUCAGUGGUAGUAAUUGAGGCAAUUUUUCCAUGCGGAAGCUCUUAUACUAAUUUAAAAUUUCUUCAAUGUCAACAUGUCGUCGCGAUAUCUAGGCGAUAUUAAUCAGAUAAAACAAAAACUCUAUUAGCAAAACCACUGAAUCAUAAAUUCUCUUUACUUUAUUGAACGUUAGACCUAAGGAUUUUUGUAACCUAUUUACAGAUACCGUGCGUAAAGCAACAAAAUAACUCAAUCUUCGCAAGUGCAACUUUGUUUUGUCUUAAUGUUGGUACUGCCAGAAAACAACUUCCACUUGUGCUGAAACGCAGAUUUAAAGAAUUCACAUCAACUCACAAUUCACCAGGGCACAGAAAAGCUAAUUGUUGGAGACCUAUUGUUUCUAAGAUCGUUUUGUAUUUAGGGUAGGAAGUCAAGAGACAGUAAAUUGCAACUGUGUUCCUCUUUGCUCGGCGUGUAGGUGUAGAAUGCUACUAUUUCGCGACCAUCUCACUGCCACUGACAUCAUACUACAGGGUGUUUAUUUUCCAAAGUGAUAAACAUCCUAAACGUUUCAAUAUCAGACCGUGAGGGCUACAAGAGAGUCAACUAUAAAGACAAUAAAUAUGAGAUGUAUUUAAAUCAUUUUGAAAAGGGCUUUGUCACCUACAAUACCUUACGCUGUCAUAUCUCGAUUCAGUUUGCUCACCCGCUUUGUGAUACUAUGACAAAGCUCUUAUGCAUUGAGAUUUCAGUAAUUAUUGACUUCAGUUCUAUCUUGUGACCACUUAACGAAAGAAUACGACAGUUAGACAAAUUCCGAGGCGAAUUUCUCAGUUCAUUUGCAUUUAUUAGUUUCAUCAUUUUAGUGAGGUGAUGAGAUAGAUGUAGGUAGAAAUUGGUCUUUCUGCAAGAAUACAUGAGGGAUGUUCUGAAACAACAGCCACCCAUGAAGUCGCAUACAAGGCUAGCUGAAUUUUUCGCUGGUGUUAAGAACAACAUGAUGAUUAUAUUUCCUACAGCAGUGUUCCAUUUUCGAAUAUGUAAGCCAUGACCAGAUCACUGUUUGUCGACAUCACAGGUCAACAGGGCGUAGGAAAUGGGGACAGGAGAAGGAACGACACUUCCUAACGAUUAUAUAUAAAAACAAGUUAACAGAUAAAAGACUUGAUUACACUCUUUCUACUGUUUUACCUCGCGUGCGAAUCAGUUACUGUUGAACCUAAAUUUAACAGAGGGAGAAAUGAAAUUAUUUUUGCUUCAUUUACACAAUUUUUCUGCUUUUUUUCUUCACAUAAAGCGAUCUUUGUUUGUACAAAAUCAGCAUAGUUCAAAUUACUACUUGAAAGCGGUAUAAUUUCUUUUCUUAUUCAAUCCGUGAUGUUAAUAAAGAAUUGUCUCCUAAUGACUGAGGCGGCUAAAGACGGUUUCGUCGUUUUGUUUUACUUUCAUCCAUUAUUCAUCGAUUAUUUAUUAUCCUUCCACAGGUAUUAAGAAAAGCACACUAUUCACAGAGCAGAUUCAUUGUUAUGACGAAUUUGAGUGGAAACUGACAUCUUCAUCCAGAAAACUACAAUUGAAACGAACUUAUGAUCUCAUUUCAAAAUCACAGAUUGGAAAAAAAACUGUAUGACCUUGUGCACCUGGCAUAGUGGCAGCGAUGACUGCAAGAAUUAAUUGACUAUAGUCUAAAGGCUGCAAAAAUCAGUACAUAACAAUCGUCUACUACACAGCAUCACCUAGCAAAUUGGAUCCUUUGUAAUCAAGUUAGAGCCAUCUUUAGAAAACAAAUGCCUCAGGGUACCGACUUCCGUGUUCUUCAAAGUCUCCGAUUCAUUUCUGGGGAGUCUUAUUGGUCCAGGUCAAGAUAGGUCCUUUUUUGAGUCCAGUGGGAGUCAGCGAAUGUGAUGUCAUGUCCAUGUUCGAAAGUCUCUAACUGCUACUUUGUCAUUUUCUUUGCUAAGGGUGACUUAGCGAACAAUUAAAUGAGAACUCCAUUUGAUCAAUUGGCAUGAGCUAUUCAUAUCAGUCAUGAAACUACCUGCUGAUUAAAACAAUGUACCUGUCGAGGACAAGAGACACGGCUUUUAUCUGUUAGGUAGCUUCACAGCAAUUAACAGGCAGCUGCCGACUGAACGAUGUAUUGUGGAAUCAUGAUUCACUUUGGUGCUGUCUUUUCUUCGUUUUUCUGCAGUUCGAGCUUGUUCGGUGCUACCGCUCCAUGAGAAAUAUUACGAAUGUAAUAGUAUUACAGAAUAAAAUUCGUUGAAAAACCACUGGUAGAGUGAAAAUGGGCGAUACGCUUUAAUCCACGAAGCAUCUAAUAGUCAUUCCCCACGCUCGUCUACCUUGUACCACUCAUUUCCUAAGAUUGUUGUUAUCCUGAAAAGCGACUUUUUAAAGACAAUACUGGGACGUUACUCAUGCAUGUGCUGCCAAUGAUGCUUCUAAGUUAUACAACAGGUGUAUACAUUCUGUCAGAAUGCUACGGUAAUUCACUGAAUCAAAAUGCCGGUCAGGAAUUUAAACGAAGAAAAAAGAAGCAAAAAUUCCUGUUUGCAAAAUGAACCUAUAGUUCAAGAUUAAUCAUCGUUAUCUACUACAAAAAUCAGUCCAUGUUGCGAACUUCAGAUGUCCUUCCUUCUGUUUAUCGACCUACCAUUUCUGCUUAGGCACGGAGACUAUUUGUUUCGGAAGUAGUGCGUAACUGCUUCAGUUUCCAUUUCUGGCGAUAUAUCAUGACUUCAUGAAUUUGGCUGUAGACGUUGAGUAAUUGGAGUUCCUCUUCGUUUGGUAUUCCAUCUCUCCUUGUUGAACCAAAGACGUUCGGUGGUAUCCCAUUUUCUGGACCAGAAUCCUACGUUAUUUCGGCACCAGCAACGAAUCAACAUUCAUCACCAUAUGCGGUAACAUAUUCAGAGGUUUGUGCUGCUGACUUCAACUCUGAAUGUACGAUUUGCAUCUGAGGUUUAUCGAACCAAGGUUAUCUGACCACAUACAUUUUAAAAGACGCUGCUUUUAUCAGUCAAAAGAAACAAAAAAGAGUUAUAAUUUAGCGAGUCUCGACGUCACCCACGAGAACAAGUGAAAAGUGAGUAGACUCUCUGCCUAGAUAAUAAUAUUUUAACUCGUAUUUGCAAAUUAGUUUAGACAUGUUACCAAUCCUCAAAUCAACAAUGAAUCCACUCUUGUUGAAUUCUCUUCUAAAUAUGCGAGAGCUUCUCUUGUGAUCUUUGUCGCAAAUCUUUUGCUACCUAUGCUUAUCUUCCGAUGCUUGCUGCAAUGAUUAUCACUAUUGGAAGAUAAAUAUUCUUUUGAUGUUGCGAUUUCUGGACUCCAGAUUCGCUGACAAUAUCUACGAUUUCACAUUCAAAACGUAGGUAACAUAAGCGUUUGAGUGACUGAGAGAGAUGGAAAAAUGCUUACCCAUUACAGGAUGAAAGGAAAAUAAACGAAGCACGUGGGAGAUGUGGAACAUUGAAGUUCAUGUACUGAUCACGUAUCUGUUACCUUUUUUAUCUUUUCAACAUAGAGCUGUGUAUUAUUCGCAGUCUAGAUACAAAUAAUGUUAUUGAUUCUUCUGAUUUUCUGUCUAAUACAUGAGGCAUAUUAGUCUCCAAAAAUAUUUCUGUACUACGAACUUUUCUUCGAUACGCAUAUUUGUAGGAGGUCUCGUUCUGCAAGCCGAUAAGUGAUUACCAAAUAGCAACAUUACUUCGUAUGUAUCGUUUCGGCGUUUCAAGUAUUCCAGAGACUGUUGACUCCAUCGACACGACAGAAACGUUAGACCUUAUGGUGAUUUAAACCGUGUGUAUCUAACCAUGUUUCUAGAACUGUAGAAAUAAAUGGAAUGUUGUAAAAGAACGUUUGGAAUGGUAAAUAUCCGUUUCUCUAGACAAUACCGUAAUCUGGCGGCAUUUGCACUUCCGACUAAUUACUCUUCGGUGCUUCCCUUUCCUUUAGCGUGACACUCUGUAGAUUACAAUUUUGUCAUUGCAAAAGACGUACGUCUCUUUAAAGUCUGGGAAAUUAAUUGUUGUUAGAAUAACAAUAAGAACUUCACCUGAAAUUUAGAUCAGCACCAUCUCCUAGAGCUACUGGUACGCCGCUCAUUUCAGAUACCCUCGUCGCCAAGUACUUUAGUCCGAGCGGUUUUGAGAAGGAGCCCUCCAUUCCUUUUGCACGUCUCUAAAAGGAUUUGGAAGUCAGGUUUAUGCCAUCAGUACAACAUGGUCACUGAGACGAACAUGAGUCACUCCUCUAUAUUGUCAUGGAUGCUCGGCCACAUGAACCGCUUCGCGCUAGGGACAUCGCUCAAGUGAUGAAAGAGAGCACAGUGACGAUGCCCGAUUUAAAACCAUGUGUUUUCAUUUAAGAAGACCAGUAUAUAGAGUAACAGACAACGUUUGUUUCACAGUUGUGGGGGAAAAAGUCACCAAAACCCGUUCACUGCUGCUAAGACUUUGCUCUUCAUUCAGGAAUGCAUAGAAAUUUGGAACAGUACAAAGCUUCCUGCGGUAGUCGACGAGCUACCACGAACAGCAUCGAUUUUCUGUUGUCUACGGUCGCUACGCUUUGUCCAAGGACAACUGAAAAUUGCUUGAUGUAUUCGCCUGCUGUAAUCGUAAUAAUCGCGGUGGUGCUAGAGUGUUGUGACUUUAUCCGGUAAAAUGAAAGGAGAUAAACAAUGGUCAAAGAAAUAAGGGAAUGCAAAGAUGAAUUACGUGAUAAUGAUUCUUUCUAUAACUCAUCAGUAACAAAAAGCUAGGAGCCAGCCUCGAAUUUCUAACCAGAUAGUCGUUAAUUCUCUUCAACGUAGUUACAUGGAGAUGUUCAAACUAGUACAAAGCUGAAAUUGUAUCCUCCCUGCGACCACAAUGUGAAUGCUCAAAACCGAUAAAUGCCUACAACGUUUUAACUAACAGUUUUAUGUAGCAAAAUAAUAAUUCAUUCCUGAAAUGUGCAAUGCGAGGAUGGCGGUGGUUGGGCACAGAUUCCGCUGCGACACUGUUACUGUUUUAAUAUACGUUGGUGCCACUAUAAUGAGUAAGACUCUAAAGCACGUCAUAUAAUGAGGCUAAGCGUUUCUCCGUACUAUCCGUUAAGCAAACUGACACGGAAUCUCUUAGGAAGGUAAGACGAACAUUUCAAAUUAACAUUGGAUUGCUUCGUCUCUAUUGAGAAAUAAGCUGAAUGGCAAUUACGACAUUUUAAUGAAUGAUUACUGUACAGGGAAUGCUGCGAAGUGAAUGGGAAGUAGACGUGUUUAGGAUAUUUAGACCUGCUGAAGUGUCCUUCCGUAGAUAGAGAGAAAAGUUGUGCCGUCGAAAAUAGAUGCUUUGUAGAUGUAAAAGCAAUAGUAAAUGGCAACAUUUUGCACCACGAGACGACUCAUCUGAAUAAAAAAAGACAUUUGUACCGAAGAUUUACGUACAGUGUAGGACUAUUCCGAACAAUAGCGUACCAUUACACGGGUUUGACAGUGAAUGUUGGUAGCCGUUGUGACAGUAAUAAAUUCGCAGACCAGAAAGUACUUGUCUUUAUUCUGCCGGUGUGGUGGCAGAAACCCACCCACGUGUCCUGGGAUACAAUCCCGCUGCUCACUGGGAGCACUCUUUGUACCUUUUCCAGUCUUCCUGUACUCGCAGCUUCACCGCGUAUGUACCGUGACAAUCGCAGAUUUUUUUCCUUCCGCCUGUAGUUUGAGCCCUCGUGUAGGAAAGUGGUAGCUGUGGAUAUCUGAGUUUUACGACUAGUACUUUGGCUUCAGGGAACUAGCAUACUUGUAAUAGUCUAAUUAAAGUUACAUGGUAAGAUACCAAUACAUGAGACAUGUGGUCUGAUCCGUCAUUUCUUUCUGAGCUCGAAUGAAUUUGUUCAGAUCCACAGUGCACACUCUUAACGUGUUGAUUAAAGUAAGGUAGUUUACUGCGUUUUAUAUAACAAACAGGGUCCCGUAAUAUCCAUGGCUUAUUUCUCCAUUGUUAAUCGUGCUUAUAGCUCUGAUAAACGAGGAUGUUAGAUAAUAAAAGCUUUGCUAAUUGGUUAAAAAGGAAUGUAUUUCCUUGUAGAAAUGUUUCACUAUUGGCAUUGCACGAGGACCCCUGGUUUUACUAACUGUUGAUGCGCCGUAGGUAAACUAAAUCGAUAGUAACCUCUUUACUGGCGCAUUAUCAGCAUUAGCAGAUUUUAUACUGAAUUUUACCCGAAGUGUGUGUGCAUGUGUUGUCUGUUUCCUAUUCCACAUGAAAACUGCAAGGAUCAUUAUUAAGAACAGCAUUUUUAUUGAUCUUGUUUGCUAAUAUUCCGUCCUUGAUUUGUUAAUAUGUUUCUUUUUCUUCACCUUCUUCUCUUGAAUGUGCAGUUAGAAUUGCAGUUACUUUAUAUUUCCAUUAAUAAUUCCUUGGAUUCAAACAGAAUUUUCUAAUAUUGUUCCCAUGCGAUUAUUGUUAGACGAUUCUAAACUUUUCUAAAUUUUAUCUGUCAUUUAACCGACACUGGUAUGCGCUCUGUAUUGGUUUCGCUCGUUGUUGGGCAGUACGAUGUUUCACAUUGACAUCGCCUGUCUGAAUGACACUGCUGUGUCAAAUGUGCGUGGGAGUGACUUCAUCCGAUACUGCACAUUGGUGGCAUUGUGCACUCUUCUGAAACAGUCGUCAUUGGGAUGCACUCUUGAUAUCGCUUGGGACACCCUAAGAAAGUGUUACGAGUUUGUGAGUCACAUAUGCCAGAAAUGGCUCGUCUAUGUCCGAACCCCUAACAUAAUAAUAGAGUAAAAUAUCUUUCAAAACACGCUGUACGUGAGGUAAUAGCUUAGGAACACAAACAUCCCUUUACUGUAAUACCUCGUUUUCUUUUAUGUGUAAAAAUGUACCUGUGAAGGACAGCUGGUUUCUUACUGCUUGUUCAUUUUAUGAGCAGUUACUAUCCGCACACAUUAUGGAAACACCUAACUUUCACACCAUCAAUGAUUUACUCUCUCGUCACUGUUUACUUGACAUAUGACGAAGAUGUAGCUUUCAUUUGGUGUUUUUCUGUUCGUUUAAUCGCUAUUUACAAAGGCGCUUGCUGGUGCGAAUGUAUCAGUAGUAACAGGGAUUCUCUAAUGUAGACAAGCAAAAUGAAACACUGAUGACAUUCACUUGUAAGAAUUAAAAAACGUCACUGCUUGAGGAUGAACACACAAGUUUUUAAAAUGCGUUCUGACAGAUAAAGUAAUAAACUGUGACUGUUAACAGUCUUACUGUGAUGCAACAAGAAAUGCCUAUAUAAAGCCAUGGGUUCUCGUAGACUAGUUCCUUGUACCCACCCCUGAAUUCUGUUUGCAGUCAGGAGCCAGUUUCUGGGAUUCGUUUCAUUUGUCCAGGAUAAUAUUACAGCAGGUGUGUGGUUGAGGCCUGAAACCUGAUCCGGGAAACGAAUGUGAGGGAUAUAGUAUUACACGCUCGUAUCAAAAAGAAUAGUUCCUGUACAACCAAACAACAAAUUUCGUUUUUAAGAACAGUUGUAUUUUAGUAUGAGUAAGAUAAUCAACAGCUGUUGAUUUUUGAGCGCAAUACUGAGACAUAUUUUGCAGGUAUUGGUUCGAAAUCUGUAUAAAAAGCAGAAACGAAAAACUUUUAAUGUGUAGGAAUAACAAAGUGCGUAGAUACAAUUUUAUUUUUCCAGAAUUUGGCUACUUCAUGGCGCAGUCGUUACACAAAUCUUUCAGUCACCUUCUAGUGGAUGACAUCCAGUGCCGUUAGUUGAUGACUACAUAAUUUUCUACUUGAAGAGUGCAUCCUGUCAUUCCUCACAACACUUAGCAAGUUUUACGUGACAAGAAACUGGAAUUUUUCAUGAAGAAACCACCUUUGGAAAAGGCGUGGUUUGGAUGUAGUGGAACGUCGAAAACUGAGAGAGGUUCAGGUACUGUGAAGGCUACGCAUUCCAUAUUUGAUCGAAAAUAGCAACGUGAACAGCAAACGGACCAAAUUUUUUAUCUUCAACUUGAUUUUAAAGUUUAGGGAUAAAGACAUAAAAGGACUGUCUGCUCAAUAUUUCGAUUGCUGUGUGGAUUCGUGUGAUCAGAUGUUGCCCCGAAGCUACAGAAACAACAAACAAAGAUUCUUCUUACUACUGCACAUGGAAUACUAGUAAGUCAAAGAGCUCCCUCCAUCAAUCUCAUCAAUUUGGACAGGUAGCAACGGAAACUGACAUCAAAGAGAGCUGAAACUACGUUAUGUUAUAUCAAAAACACUUGAAGAAUUAUGGUAGGACUAUAUAAGAACCUGUCAAGAAAAUACUUAUUACAAAAGUAUAAUAGUGUUAUCUUGUAAAGACAUUGACCACUGAACCUGCUCAUUUGCUUAUCAUCAAUUAAUCCAGCCCGUAACGCAAGUAUUCCUUUGUGGCUUCAGUUUACAUUCGCAUACGGACGACAUUACUAGUUAGGCGAGCAAAGGAUAGCUAAAGAGCAUUUGACGUCACCUCUGUUGAACCCCUGCGCUACACAACGUAAACGUCAUCCAGUUCCGAGAUGGACUUUUCUCAUGUAAGAUCUGAUUUGUGUGCUGUAUUCCGUACCACACUAAGCAGUGUCGAUGUUGUUCCGAUACCCCCUGCACACGGCUUAUCGAAAGUCAGAAGAAGCGAGUCUGACCAGUAGAGAAUUUUUAAUGCACGUAACUAAAAAAAACUUGUUUAUAAAACGCAGUAAACUACAUUCUGUGACCUCGCCGUGUUUUGUGCACGCUGCCACGCAUCAGCAGAGAUCGGCGUCGUCUGCGGUUUACGAAGUACCUGUUCCCUUUAGAAUGCAUGGUUUCGUUUCAACUUAUUUCUAUGGCAUACAGCGCCGAGCUGUGGGCCUUACAAAUCCGGAAAGCCUUGUCGAAAUUGCUACAUUCUCCCAAAUAAGAAAUUUCUCGUUGUCUGCAUCUUAAUGCUUAGCAGCAGAUGUUUAAAGAAUAUACUGUACUUAGUUUUUUUGGAAAACUAAAAUACGUUCCAAAAAUUAUGAACAACCUUUUGGAGAUACGUAUUUCUGGAGAUUUAUUCUGCUACGUUAGCAAGUAAAGUGAUUUCUUAAUUUCGUAUAGCAGUGUAUGUAUAUACUGUGAAAUAGAGUACUACUAGACGAACAAUAUUGAAUCUGUUAUAGAAAUGUUCGUUUUCUUAAGACUCAGGCAUUACUGUAUUCGUCUACUACUGUUUGGGAAAAUAAUGAAACUAUAUAUACAUAUAUAUUUCUGUCUGAGCCAGUUUUCAUUAUUAUAAUAUAGCAAACUCUAUCUUUUUUGCUGCUGAAAUUGUAAUAAAUAUUGUUCUCUUAAACGAAAAGAAGCAAAAUUAUGAUCUCCCUCCUUGAAAGUCGAAAAAGAGAUAUAAAUGUGUUUGCUUACGUACCACUCA